AUGGAGGCGUUGGACCAAGAGCUGGAGCAAGGGGGGAAUUGGGCCAUCGCGCGACAUGGGCUUGCGCUAGGCAAGCUGGCCACGUGCUCCAAUUUGGGGCGGUCUGGCGCAUCACUUGGGCCUCGCAUGCGGAGCGGGCCUCGCUGGGUGGCUCGAGCUGGGCUGGAGACUCGCGCUGGGCUGGAGCCCCGAGUUGGGCUGCGCGCGCUGGGCACCACUCGUUGA